AUGCCAGAAUAUGUUCGUAUACCUCAAUCUCUUCGAGAUAACCUGAAGUUUAUUCCAGACUCUGUAUUUUCGAAUUUACAGACGAUAAUUAAUGAAGAGGAUGACGGUGUCGAAGAGGUCGAAAGGUUUCUCUAUGAACAACAGUUAGACCGAUCAUUUCUUUCUAAAGGAUCUAUCAUUGGUUUGGGCUUUGGCCUGAUGAGUCCUGUGUUAGGUAUGAGCACAACCAUGAGCAUCGGCUUAUUGAACGGAGGACCACUCACAAUCGUCAUGGGGUUCUUGAUAUGCGGCUUUGCAACCUGGCUAUGUUCACUCUCUUUGGGAGAGAUUGUUUCAAAGUUCCCCAUCGAGUUGCAUGGAAGUAGUGCUUUGUUGGCUCCUAAAAAGGUAAAACUGAUAUGCUCUUGGUAUACAGGAUGGCUGAUGCUGCUCGGCAAUUGGACAAUGAGUACAAGCAUUACUUUUGCAGGCGCACAACUAGUCAUAUCGCUUAUUGCUGUUACGAAUGAUAAUUUGAUUAAUGAAGAGCAUCUUGUGUUGUACACAGUUUUUGUUUUUUAUCUGAUUGUAACUAUAGUGGGCAUGGUUAACCUUUAUUUUUCGAGAUUUAUUGAAAGUGUUAAUAAAGUGUGCGUUUAUUGGAUACUUUACGCCAUUAUUUUUAUCGACAUUUUACUUCUUCUAUUCCAUUCUGGUCACUAUCGCUCCUUGAAAUACGGACUCACCCAUUUUGACAAUACAUUUUCAGGAUAUUCUAGUUCAGCAUUUUCAUUUAUGAUUGGGUUCCAACAAUCGAAUUUCACUUUACAGGGAUUCAGUAUGUUACCGGCACUUGCAGACGAAGUCAAAGAACCAGAGCGCGAUAUUCCACGCGGUAUGUCAACAGCAGUUAUCAUAUCAGGUGUGGCGGGCUUAGUGUUUUUGAUUCCCAUUAUGCUUAUUAUUCCAGAGACCUCGACCAUUUUGAAUAACCCAAAAGUCAUGCCUAUAGUUUUGAUAUUCACACAAUCUACGCAUUCCAUGUUUGUUUCCUUUUUUUUAGUCUUGAUGAUCUUGGGUAACCUGCUUUUCUCUGGAAUCGGCUCAAUAACUACGUCUUCGCGUGCUGUCUACAGUAUGAGCCGUGAUAAGGCUCUCCCAUACUCAGAUCUAUGGGCAUAUGUUGACCCAGCGUCGCAGUCAAAAGUGCCCAAAUAUUCCAUCCUCUUGACCAUGGGCAUUUCUUAUAUCCUUGGGUUACUGGCUCUGGUAUCAACUGCCGCUUUUAAUGCAUUUAUAGGAGCUGCGGUAUUGUGUCUUUGUUCUGCUACUUGCAUUCCAAUAAUAUUAGUAGUCAUAUCUCGCAGGCGAGCACUACGGGGGUCUCCCAUAAAGGUCAGAUACCGUUUAGGAUGGAUUGUCAACUUUGUUAGUGUAGCCUGGUUAGUCUUCACCAUGUUCAUCAUCAGCGUCCCUCCACAAGUACCGGUCACAUCCACAUCUAUGAACUACGCUAGUGCUGUAUUCGUUCUGUUCAUCAUUGGCAUCACGUUCUUGUAUUAUUUUUGGGGCACGCAUAAUUUUAAAGCCCCGUUGGUCAGUGAAGAUAAGCCCAUUGAGCUGGAGAGUUCAGGUAGUUAA